AUGUCAGUACACCCAGAAGCCUACUUUGGAAGCCAAGCACAAUUGACAACCUGGACCGACGAAAUUGAGUUCCUGGGCUACAUUUUGUGCGAGCUUAUUGAUGCAGAUGGGAUGAGUAUGAGAGGGUACAGAUGCCAUCAGGCAGUUGAUUUACCAGCUAUAGUCGAGAUCAUUCGACUGCAUUUGAAGGAGCCCGAUGGAAGCCUCGCUAAAGUUAUGAGAGACGAUGAAGUAAAGGCCCUCCGUCGGCUAAUAACAAAGUCGAAGCAAAUUCGAAACAAUAUGGCUCACCAUACAACUCAAAAUGAGCAAAAGCUAAGAGGCCUUGAAAGCACAAAGCAGAACUUGUGUGAUUUUCUUGAGUACGCUAUCAAAUUAGCUGCAUCGGAGCGUGGAAUAACCCAGGUUUGUUUUACUAUUAAAUGGAUUCCGAGGCCGUACUAA